AUGCAUCGCCGAAAAGCCAAAGGAACUCAGAAUUCGACUCCUUCGAAUUCCUCAAGAGCAAAUACACCUUCUCAUGACCCAGACAUUGCUUAUCAGCGAACACGGGAUACCCUCAUCGAGGCUGUCAAGCUCGUCAAGGCGGGGACCGAGGCUACUUCAUUUCUGGGACCUCUCAAAGCAGUUUGCGAGAUUUCCCUUCUAUUCCUUGAGAUAACCAGGAGUGUAAACGAGAACACCAAAGGACUCAGAAUACUCAGGGAUAGUCUUGAAUUACAUAUAUACAUCUUGGAUGAAGGAUAUCUCCAAGCUGUCGAGGACGGACGCAUGGACCGGAUGCCCACCGCGCUCAAGGAUUUCAACAAUGCAUCGAGAGAUUACAUUGUCGCUCUGAAGGGCACACUCUCCAAAAUGGAUGAGUUGAAGCACGGCAGAGAUCAAGGCGUCAAAGGAUUUUUCAGAAAGAUCACGGAUGCCAAGAUCGAUACCGGAAAUAUUGCAGAAUACAAACAGGAAAUCUUACAAGCUACGCGGGUAUUCGAGGAUACGACCAAGCUCUGUCAAAUUCAGCUGCAAGCAGAAGUGUGGAAACAUAAGACGUGUCUACCGGGCACACGCGUACCGAUUCUGCAGGAGAUUCGGCAAUGGCGUCUGGAUUCCAACGCAGACAAGCGCAUCUUUUGGCUCUGCGACGUUGGCGGGUCUGGAAAGUCCACGGUCACAUUGACGAUGUGCGAGGAAUGGGAUAAUACCAAAGAUGUUCUAGUUGGUCGGUUCUUCUUUUCGAAGAAUGCUCGGCAGACAUCAGAGACGGAUGAUUUCUGCUCCGUCAUCGCAGGGGAUAUUGGUGCUCAAAACGAGACAAUCCUAGAGCAAAUAAAGAUGAUAAAAGAAAGAGAUCCUCACCUUCUCAUACGAGGACUGCGCCAUCAGUUCACCAAACUCAUCGAAGAACCAUUGCAACUUGCAAAGACGGAUAUUGUCCUCGUGAUCGACGCAGUGGAUGAGUGCAAGGAGGAGAUGCGGGGAGAGCUAAUCAAACUACUGGUUGAGAAGCUUUCGUCGAUGCCUAAACUCAAACUGUUUAUAACGAGCCGGCCAGAGCCAGACAUCACCGCGAUACUCCAGGGUAGAGCGAUUGUACGCGGAAUGCAUUUCAAGAUGCACGGUAAAGAGCAGCAGUCCAACUUGGAUGACAUUAGGGCCUACGUCGAUGUACAUCUCGUCAAACUGCUUACCGAGCCUCAGCGCCGGCAGAUUGUAGAACGCUCAAACGGACUUUUCAUCUGGAUCACAACGGCACAUCUUGAGCUACGACGAGCUCAAGGUCCGGACGCACUUGGUGCGACUCUCACAUCCCUCUUGACGCGAGGCGAGGGCGGGGACAUUAACCAGGUCUAUACAAGCAUCCUUCGCCGACUGCGACGAGAGCCAUCCAGCGGCACCAUACAUAAGAUUAUGGGCACUCUCCUAACCUUGUUCGAGCCGGUGUCGACAGAGGUUUUGGGGAAGAUGACUGGGAUCAUAGAUUCUGAGCUAGAGCCGAUCUUAGAGUCGAUGCAGAGUAUAUUUCGGGUGGAGACUGUGGUAGAGUUUCUACAUCCCACAUUUCGAGAAUACCUUCUUAGCCGACACAACGUGGAUAUGCCAUUUGAGUCGACAGCAAUGCAAUCAGGCUUGGCCGUGUCUGUCCUCACAGUGCUUCAGGAGGAUCUGAAGGAGGACAUUUGUGGCAUUUCCCUGCCAAACGAACCUUAUCCAAAGAAUGCAGACGUUGUGGAUCUGGAUGGACGUUUGGAACAAUUAUGGGCAAGAUGUCCAGCACUACCUUAUGCAGCAAAGUACUGGGGCUAUCAUGCGUCUACGGUUGUAACGGAGAAACAUGUGCUCCAACUGCUGCAAAGGUUUUUAGAAAGUCAAAUUUUGCACCUCGUAGAGCUGUUAAGCUUGAUGGGUCACAUGCAUCUUAUUCGAAAUUUCGAGGAGAUUCGGCGAAGUUGUGAAUACCAAGGGUUGGGUGAUGAGGUCGAGGUAUGCCAUGAUACAGUUAGACUUGUCCAGAGGCAUCAAAAAAUACUAGAGAAGAGUGCGCUGGAUAUCUACUCUUCAGGGCUACUAUUCCUCCCUCGAAAGUCACAACUGUGGACGAUAUACAAGAGCAAGUUUUCAGAUCGACUACCAAAAAUCAUUGGAGGACCAUCAGUGCAUUGGCCCUCACACCAGACUUUGACUGGACAUACCAAUACUGUCCAGUGUCUGGCCUUCUCGCCAGAUGGGCGCCGUCUUGCGUCUGGAUCUCGGGAUCGCACUGGAGGUCCAUGUCUGGCCUUCUCGCCAGAUGGGCGCCGUCUUGCAUCUGGAUCUCGGGAUCGCACUGUACGCCUGUGGGAUGGGACCACCGGUGCAAGCCUUGGGACGCUUGAGGGACAUACCAAUUGGGUCUCAUGUCUGGCCUUCUCGCCAGAUGGGCGCCGUCUUGCAUCUGGAUCUGGGGAUCGCACUGUACGCCUGUGGGAUGGGACCACCGGUGCAAGCCUUGGGACGCUUGAGGGACAUACCGGUACUAUCCAAUGUCUGGCCUUCUCGCCAGAUGGGCGCCGUCUUGCAUCUGGAUCUCAGGAUCGCACUGUACGCCUGUGGGAUGGGACCACCGGUGCAAGCCUUGGGACGCUUGAGGGACAUACCAGGGAGGUCCAUGUCUGGCCUUCUCGCCAGAUGGGCGCCGUCUUGCAUCUGGAUCUCGGGAUCGCACUGUACGCCUGUGGGAUGGGACCACCGGUGCAAGCCUUGGGACGCUUGAGGGACAUACCAGUGGGUCCAUGUCUGGCCUUCUCGCCAGAUGGGCGCCGUCUUGCAUCUGGAUCUGGGGAUCGCACUGUACGCCUGUGGGAUGGGACCACCGGUGCAAGCCUUGGGACGCUUGAGGGACAUACCUGGGUCUCAUGUCUGGCCUUCUCGCCAGAUGGGCGCCGUCUUGCGUCUGGCUCUCGGGAUCGCACUGUACGCCUGUGGGAUGGGACCACCGGUGCAAGCCUUGGGACGCUUGAGGGACAUACCAAUGGGCGCCGUCUUGCGUCUGGCUCUCAGGAUCGCACUGUACGCCUGUGGGAUGGGACCACCGGUGCAAGCCUUGGGACGCUUGAGGGACAUACCAGGGAGGUCUCAUGUCUGGCCUUCUCGCCAGAUGGGCGCCGUCUUGCAUCUGGAUCUGGGAUCGCACUGUACGCCUGUGGGAUGGGACCACCGGUGCAAGCCUUGGGACGCUUGAGGGACAUACCUGGGGGUCUCAUGUCUGGCCUUCUCGCCAGAUGGGCGCCGUCUUGCAUCUGGAUCUCGGGAUCGCACUAUGGGCGCCGUCUUGCGUCUGGCUCUCAGGAUCACACUGUACGCCUGUGGGAUGGGACCACCGGUGCAAGCCUUGGGACGCUUGAGGGACAUACCUGGGAGGUCUCAUGUCUGGCCUUCUCGCCAGAUGGGCACCGUCUUGCGUCUGGCUCUCAUGAUCGCACUGUAUGCCUGUGGGAUGGGACCACCGGUGCAAGCCUUGGGACGCUUGAGGGACAUACCAAUUGGGUCUCAUGUCUGGCCUUCUCGCCAGAUGGGCGCCGUCUUGCGUCUGGCUCUCAUGAUCGCACUGUACGCCUGUGGGAUAUCACCACCCCACUCAGUUUGGAACCUCCUUAUGAGCUCAAUCAUGUUCCCAGGCAUUUAUAUUUCUUCCAAGGUGGACAUUUCUUACAUGUGGACAAUGGACCAGUACUCAAUGUCUCCCACAAUCGCCUUCAGUCACUCUCAUCUCCAUGUCCGAGUGUCACGCCCAACCAUGAGCAUUCCACAGUAGCUGUUGACUACACCAGUCAGGAGCUGUGGUCU